AUGGCAAUGUUUGCCCAGCUGUGGGAGUACUGGCACGCUCGACAGUACGAGGAGGCAGCCAGCGAGGUUUGCCGACUGGUCGGAGUGGAAGAGGAAGCUUUUUCAUCACAGAGGCAGCUGCUAACUGCUGCCGGAGCUGUACAUGCUUCCGAGUGCCCAGCUUGGUCCGAGGAGGAUCGAUCCGUAGCAUUGCUUGGGCGUAACUGCUGCAACCGAUUGGCUGAGAGAUCCUUGCGCAACAGCAACUGGCCCGAAGCAGCUCGAUGGUGUGCUCUCGCCUGGCGACUUGAGGGUGGUCAGAGCUGCGCAAGUCUUUGGCUGGAAGAUGGCAGCUGGGCAGCUGCUCGCUACCAGCGCUUAUUCCAUGCGGCAGAAGUCUUUCGCCUGGCAUGCAAAGGACGAGGCCAGAAGGCCUCGAAGAAAGCGGCGAAAGCAGAGGAAGGAGGAUUCGAUGGAUCGGAGUAUCUGCAGGCUUCCAGAAGAUGCCUGGAAACUUGCGAGGCAAUACUCCAGAGGUGGCCGACCUGCACCGCAAACCCUGAAGGUAUUUAUACCUGCCUGGCAGAAAUCUGUUGGCAGCUGAAGGACAUCGCUGCCGUUAGAUGGAGCUGCCGACAAGCGUCUGGUGGCGAGUGCUUCUAUGCUGAGUGUGAUGCCGAUCGUCCUCCUAGGACCGGAUGGCGAAACUACUCCGAUGCUGAGGUGGAAUUGGUGUUGGAGGGAGGGUGGGUUGACGGCGAGGCGAAGAAGGACUCGCGCUCUGAUCGGUCGCGGAGCCCACGCCGCGAGAAAUGCCCUUGGUGA